GGGGAGUUGCCAAUAUGGCGCCGGGGCCACUCCGGUGUCCUCCGGGCUGAGGCGUUCGGUGCGGUUCCCGGUACCGGAGGCGACGGACGGCGUCGGUGGCCAGUCCCUGGCCAGCCUUUGCCACCAUGUCAGAGCCGGGACACCUCGGGGUGAAGAGGGCCGAGUCGGCGAGACUUCGGCGAGCGGAGCAGCUGAAGCGGUGGAAGGGCUCCUUGACAGAGUUGGAGCCGGUGACGGCUGCCCGGAGCCGAUACCGUGGCGGGCCCCGAGUUCGCUUCGAGGACGGCGCCGUCUUCCUGGCCGCCUGCUCCAGCGGGGACACCGACGAAGUGAAACGCCUGCUGGCCCGGGGUGCCCGCCUCAACACCGCCAACGUGGACGGGCUGACAGCCCUGCACCAGGCCUGUAUAGAUGAGAAUCUGGACAUGGUAAAGUUUCUGGUAGAAUAUGGAGCCAAUGUAAAUCAGCAAGAUAACGAGGGCUGGACCCCACUUCAUGCGGUGGCAUCUUGUGGCUAUCUGAACAUAGCAGAGUACUUGAUAAAUCAUGGGGCAAAUGUAGCUGCUGUGAACAGUGAAGGAGAAGUCCCAUCUGAUCUUGCAGAAGAAGCAGCAAUGAAGGAUCUUCUCAUGGAACAAGUAAAGAAACAAGGAUUGGAUCUUGACCAGGCAAGAAAAGAAGAAGAGCAACAAAUGCUUCAAGAUGCACGGCAAUGGCUGAAUAGAGGGAAAAUUGAAGAAAAAAGGCAAUCUCGAACGGGUGCUACUGCCCUACAUGUGGCUGCAGCUAAGGGCUAUUCUGAGGUUAUGAGACUUUUGAUCCAAGCUGGGUUUGAUGUGAAUGUCCAGGACAAUGAUGGCUGGACUCCACUCCAUGCUGCUGCACACUGGGGAGUGAAGGAAGCUUGCACUAUCUUGGCUGAAGCACUCUGUGACAUGGACAUCAGGAACAAGCUGGGUCAGACACCAUUUGAUGUAGCUGACGAGGGACUGGUUGAACAUUUAGAAAUGUUGCAGAAGAAACAGAAUAUGCUGCGUAGCGAAGAGUCAAGAAACAAAUUAAUUGAAGCUGAUAUGAACGGGAAACUUCAAAGUGGAUGUAUCAAAAACAAGGAGAAGAUUCUUUAUGAGAUAGAGAGUCUGAAAUCCACAGGAAGAGAAGAGGAAAACAAAGAAUCCAGUAGUUCAAGCUCUGAAGAGGAAGAAGCUGAGGAAGAUUACGCUUCAGAGUCAGAUACCGAAAAAGAAGCAGAGAGAAAGGAAGAGUCUGUUGCUAACCAUUCCAAUAAUGAAUCUAGAAUUGUCAUCACAGAACAAGUACCACCACCAGGGCAUAACACUGUUACAAUGGGUCCUGCCAGAAAACUUACUUCAUUGCUCAACAAGUCUGAAGAGCAAAAGGAUGAAUCUCCCUCAUCAUGGAGGCUAAGUCUGCGGAAGACUAGCAGUCAAAGCACUCUCAACGAAAGCAGUACUCCUCGUGAUACGCUGAGAGAGAGAGGCGAGUCCAUCUAUCGCUCUUCUUCAACCCCUCGGAUUUCUGCACUGUUAGACACUAAAGACAAGGACAAGGACAACAAAAUAUAUUUUGCAUCAGUAGCUCCUCGAAGGUUAAACAGUGCAGGGGACAUUGAAGAGAAGGAAAAUCGAGAAUCUGCUGUUAACUUGGUACGAAGUGGUCCUUAUACUCGACAACAGUGGAGGGAUGAGCCAAAGGGAAAUGAAGCUGCUACAACCGGUGUUCCUUCCACUUAUGUUUCUACCUACAUGAAAAGUGCCUCAUUUGGUAGAAGUAGUGACCUCAGCAGUCCCUACAUUUCAGCCAGUCGCAAUGCAUCUUCUGCUACCUCACCCACUGUCCUUGGUUCACCUUCCUCCUUGGGCACAGAAUGGCAGCAUGCCUCUUGCCCCACAUCUGUCAGUUCUAACACUGCAGCAUCAAUACGCCAGUAUACCAGAGCUCCUUACAGGCAGCAAACUGAUUCUACUGUAGAGAGGAGUACAGAGGGCAUCUCUUCUAGCAUUCCUCUAAGUGUGAUAACAAAUCGCAAUCUACCUAGUAGUGCCAAUGGUGUUACAACUGGCAACUCAUUGACUGGAACAGAGUCCUCUGCUGGUGAUGCCAGGGAUCGAAGAAGGUCUUACCUGACUCCUGUACGAGAUGAAGAAGCAGAGUCUCUAAGAAAAGCAAGAUCCAGGCAAGCUCGCCAGACUCGCAGGUCUACACAGGGUAUAACACUUACAGAUCUCCAGGAGGCAGAGAAGACCUUUAGCCGAUCUCGGACAGAGCGUCAGACUCAGGAACAGCCAGUUGAAAAAUCAGAAAGAGUUGAAGCAACUGAGGAAGGCAAUGAAAGACAGGAAGACACUGUGGCUAGGGAACACAGGGAGACUCGCUCACGAUGGAAUAGAAACUUGGAUGAAGAGACAGUUGGUCAUCAACUGAGGUGCUCAGCAGAAGACAAACCCACAACCCCAAUCGCUCCUUCAUUAGCACCUUAUCUUUAUUCAGGUUCACACUUGCCCAGAACAAGUAGAACAAUUUCAUCUGACUCAGUGAGCACAACAGACAUUCAGAGCACAUCUGCUGAAAACAUGGAGAAAAAUGAAUGUGAAGAUCAGGAUUUGGAUGACAGAACCUCAAACAAGCAAUCAGUUAGAGAAAGGAGACGACCAAAAGAGAGGAGAAGAGGGACAGGAAUUUCAUUCUUCACAAAUGACGAUGAGGAGGUAGAUGGUACUGAAGAAGUAAAGGAAGAUAGGCAUGAAAGACUUUCCAGGUUGGAUGCAGCAAGUUCAAGCACUGGAACCAGUGAUUCCUACAGUGAUCGGCCCUCAGGGCGCAGCAGUGCAUAUACCAGAAGAGAGAAUCGUCUGGCUGCUCUCAGCAGCAAAACAGAGGAGGACAUCAGCAAAGAUUACAAAAAUCUCUAUGAAAGUGCCCUGGCUGAAAAUCAAAAAUUGAAAUCAAAACUACAAGAUGCCCAGUUGGAACUUACUGAAGUCAAGACAAAAAUGGAUAAAUUAGCCCAGCAGAAACAGGAAAAAUCAUCUGACCGGUCCAGUAUGCUUGAGAUAGAAAAGAGAGAGAAACGAGCCCUUGAACGGAAGCUGUCUGAGAUGGAGGAAGAGAUGAAGAUUUUGACAGAGCUGAAAUCGGACAAUCAGCGGCUGAAAGAUGAAAAUGGAGCACUUAUUCGGGUUAUCAGUAAACUCUCAAAGUAGUAUAUUGAGUGUUGGAUGGGCAUAAAGUGUGUUUCUCUACACAAGCUGCCACUACACCAUCUGCUUGUGAUCUUCCAGUUGGAAGAACUGCUGGCAUUUCAGACAUGGAUUAGUUGGCCACAUCUACUGCUCCUUGCACCUGGCUCGGCAUUCACAUAUUGAAUAGUGCUUAUCCUCACACUCUCCCCAAGAUAUGGCAUAUUUUCAUCACUUAUUGUUUUUAGACUGCUGAAGUAAUUAAUUUGAAAAGGCAAACACUGAGCUGGUACUGUCUGAAAUGCCCAAAUUCUUCUGCUGUAAACGCCAUAUCCGUCCACCGAAAUCCAGUGUAAAGAAGCAUCUACUGUAAUAAUAAAGAAGUGACUUUAUAGUGUUGACCAACCAUGUCUUAAGAUACUGUCUUGGAAUAAGAAUAGGGACUGAAACUGGGAAUUGUCAUGGAAGAUUUGUCAAUAUCCUUUCUAGAAUUUGGGAAUCUGCAAUCUGUGAAAACCACGGUGACUUUUUUCUCUGGGAGUCUGACAAUGGUUACUUGGCUUGGAGAUUUAUGUUCUCCACAUGUCUUAGUAGCUGACUGAUGUAUUUAAUGUAAGAUUUUAAAUCUAAUUUAAUUUGGGGGGGAGCAACAAAAUGCCUCUCCUGAUUUGUGUCACCUUUGCAGACCUCCUCAACAUACUUCCUGCUGUUCCCCUUGACGGUUGCCUUUUCUGGUACUGUUUAAUACUAACGUGGUCUUAUAGCCUCUGCAUUCUGUGGCUAACACUUGUAUCCCCUUGGUCUUUCAAGAUUUCUACUGGAAAGAUAGCUCAUCAGCAGAGGUUGCUUAUUGACUUUAUAGUAUGAAAUAUCACUGCAUGAAACACAACUAUACCUUUCUGUUAGCAAGAUAGGUCAGUUUUCUCUGAACGUUCCAUGAAAAGCACUGCAGAGUGGCUAAGCAAAUAAAAUUAUGCUUACAAUAAUUUUCAAUGAAUGCAAAUUAACUGAAGAUACAAAUGGUCUCAUUUUUAAAAGCUGAAGAAGACUGAUCUAUUGGGUGUUUAUCUCUAUGGAAAAUGAUGACUGAAUCUCUGUGAAAGGUCUUCAUAAAAAUAUUGCAUAAUGUUUGAGAACUUAGAUAUAGUGAUAAUCUUCACACUUAUAAGACAUGAAGGAGUCUGCAUCUAAUGAGAACAGCAGUAGCACCUGUAUUGCUCUGAAACCUGUUUCAAUGCAGACUAGAAAUAAAUGAAUUCACUUUUAUAAAUUCUCAGAACAUAAUUGUUUCAAACACUCUGUUGUUCCAGUUAUUCUGAAAAAAGCUGAUUUCAUUUGUGAAACCUACAAAAAUUGUUUCCUGCCAAUUAUACAGUCCCUUGCGAGUGGGUUUUUCCAUUUUUUGCUUGUGUAAUUUCUCUUCCAAAGCAUGGUAUCAGUUUUAUGAAGCUGUUUUUUUAGUCUUGAUUCAGACAGUUUUUGCCAUUCCUUAGAAAGAAACCUUGGAUCAGAAUAGUCACUCAUUAGCAGGUAUGAGUAAGCAAUGGCAAUAUAGGUUUUUCUGUCAGCUUUACUCAGUGAGAUGGGGCAUAUGAUCUGUUUGAUCUACUAUGGGUUAUUUUUGACAAAAAUGUAUAGUUUGUUUGCCUUUUAUUAUUCAAAAGUAUGAAUGUCCACCUCAUUCUUUCUAGACGAGAAUCACUAUGUAGAAUGCAGUUAAGAACCAGAAAUCAACACUUUGAAAUGUUUCUGUAUAAAGUUCUCAAAUUCAUUUUUACAAACAAGAUUUUGCUUAUGGACAUUAAACAAAAACAAAAAGAAAGAAAGAAAGCAAACACUUGACUUCACAGCAAACACUUUUCCUGUUUUGUUUUUUGGGCAGACAUUUUGUAUAAUCAUUGCUAGAAUAACAAGUAAUCAGUAUGUGUCAUAGGUCCAUAUAAUGAUUCAUAUAUUUCAUUAAUACUGACUGAAAUCCUAUUAUGUAACUUUACACCAUGUAAGGCUGAUGAGAUCAUCAGCCAUGGUAGCUUUUUGUAAAUUAAAAAUUACUGAUUUCUUAUCCUUUAAAGGAUCUGAGGUUUCCUUGGAAUGCCUUUUAUCUUGGGGGAGCUGUUUAGGGCCAUGGACCAGGGAUCCUUUAAUUUCUGGAAGUUACUGUGGUUGAUGAUACCAUCAGCCAUACAUAGUAUAAAGUUGCAAAAAAGGGUUUCAGCCACUGUGUUUUUAAGUCAACAUUGAGUUAUCAGUGGAUCUUAUCCAGAUUCAGCUUUCAAUGGUCAUUUAAAAGUAUAAAAGAAAAAGACUUCUGAUGCUUAUAAUCCAUUCUACAAUGAUUUUAUUGCAUGCUAUUAUUGUCACUAUUUUUGAAAAAAAAAUAUACAUUAAACAUCUCAUAGUUUUUAGGUAUGUAACCUAAAACAUGAAGAUCAUAACUGCUCAAUCUAUAGAACUGUAACAUAUGAAAACUUUUACAAUUUGAAUUUGAUACAGAAACUUGAAUUUGGUUUACACUGAAAACUGAAAACAAAUUAAUCCUAUUGACAAGCCAUAGUGUUGUCUAUACAACAUGCUACAGGGAGAUAAAGUGAAUCAGAUUAUUACAAUGGCAGCUAGGAAAAUGAAUACUGGCAGCCAGAUGUCAUUUUUACAUGCUGGGCCACAGUGCACAUAUGCUGAUAUAAUUUUAAUUAUUUUAAUAUUUAGCUUUGUCAUUCAUCAAGAUCUCAAGGCUUUUCUGUCUCGAUCAAUUUCUUAGGAACCCUUUUAUAUUGUUUGCACAAAAGUAAACAUAGGCCUAGAACUAGUUUGGAUGAUGUUUUUUGCCUACACAAACACACUCUGAUAUUUCCUUGUGCAAGACAUGAUAAAACCAGGAAAUCUGUAACAACAGUUUCCAGUAUCAUCUGAAUUGGAAUACUGUGGCUGGCAGAAGUUUUGGAACAAGAGACAAUUAUGAAUCACAAUUUGAAGUUAAUUUUUAGAUCCUGGCUUGUCCUGCAAUUGGUUUUGGUGAAACAAGUAGCUGUGGCUUUAUAGGGUUCACACAGAGGGUUUGUGGGUACAAGCAAAAGGUCAAAUCACUUCUUAGGUAAUGAUUUUAAUACAUUUUUUCGCUGAUGGCACAAAUGUUCCUGCAAAAAUUGGGAGAGUGUUCUUAAAAACAGGUUCAUGUGUGUUUUUAAUCAAAUUCAGGAGGAACUAUUGCUACUGCUGAAACAAGACUGUUUUAUAUUGUAUUGGUAGAUGUUAAUAUUUGGAUGGAUUUUAUGUUAUGUUAAGAUUGUGCAGUUUGCUGGAAGAUUCUCUGCUUAAAAUGAAAAUUAUGUGGGAAAGAUAUAGAAAGUUUAAUCUGCAAUAUAAGAGCUUUCAUGCUUUGGAUGUUGGAAAGUUCUUUAAAAUAGGAAAUAGACCCCUUUGCCAUACUGCUUUCUUACACCUAAAAGCUUUGACAGUUUAAUGUACAUCGCUAGAUGUAUUUGUAAGUGUUAACACCUUACAGAACCUCUGCCACAUCUAUUUUGAUGUACCUUUGCAAAUUAUUCAAUUUUAAAAGGCAAAACUUUAAGGAAGGGGGAAAAGAGGACUUGAUUUUAUUGCUCAGAAUAUGCAAAAUUUAAGUUUAAAUCAGUGAAAGAACUAUUUAGUCCAUGAAAACUUUCAGAUGAAACUAGGGGUGUGCCAGAUAUAAACCUAAGGAGGCAAUUAUGAAUAGGGAAGGAAGCUUGGGAGCUGAUAUUUUCUGGUUGACUUGCUUAUAUUAAGAGAGUCUGUAUUGUACUUUAUCUAUAAAUAUAGAUGAACCAUUGUUAUAAGAAUUCUGAAUAGUGAAUGGAAAACCAUUUUAAAUGGGGGAGCAAGUUUAGCUACAAAUGAGUGUACUUCACUGCAUCUGUAUGUAGUGCCAGUUGAUGUUGCAAAGUGAAGUAGCAUCUGCUGUCUAUAUAUGUAUUGAUUUGUUGUUAACAGAAAGAGUGAAUGGAUGAAUCUAGAGAUCUGCUCAGAUGUGUUUCAGCUAGCUGUUCAACGAGCAGCUUAUCUUCACUGAUGCAGGGCUUAUAAGUGUAGUGCAACAUGCCAAAUAAGCUAAUUUAAAUUAAUUGUUUCUUGUUCAUGUGGACUGUAUUUUGAUGAUUGAAAAGAGACUAUACAAAUAUGAUAGCGUAGUCGUGGAUAUAUCCAUACUUCUUUCUUUCAAGAACUGGGAAUGCAAUCUAGUGUUGGUUGUUCAUUAUCAGUUAAAUCUCUUUUGUUCCCAUGACACAACCAGCACUCUUUGCCAGCAAAUCAAAGACAUCACUGUAAAUCAUAUGCAAGUACCCUGCAUGUACUUAGACAAAAGAUUAAUGCUUGUUUUUAUUAUUAUUAUUAAAGAAGGUGAAGUCUGUUCUUGAUUAAACUGAGAGGAUGAUAAAAAUUUGGGGUAAACUAUAUUGUGCCACUGUGAUCCUCUAUGAUAUCUAAUGAAUAUCGUAGUUAGUAAGAGUGUGUAUGCAUGUGGUGAAGAGCAAAACACAGUCCUCCCACAUACCUAAUGCAUUAUCUCUCUCCCCCCCCUCCCCAUUAUCAGAUAACUAAGACCUGGGGUUUAAUGGUAAUAUGAUCCUGACUUUCAGUUCGAGAAGACCAGUUAAUAUUGAUGGAACUUCAGUUAGCAAUGAUAACAUCCCAUGAUUUAGAUCACUGGUUCUUAACCUUUGUUACUCAGAUGUUUUUGGACUGCAACUCCCAGAAGCCUUCACCAUCAGCUCUGCUGGCUGGGGUUUCUGGGAGUUGCAGUUCAAAAACACCUAACAAAGGUUAAGAAGCACUGAUUUAGAUGGCUUAACUCCAAGUAUGACAAAGUCUGGAUUCAUCCAUAUGAACAGUAAUCAGAACUGAAGUCAAAUCUCAAUUGAAAAGACUUCUGCUGUGUCAUGUUCUCUUACUGCCAUAGAUACUAGCAUUCAUUUUUUUCAAAACUGAAGAGUUGCUUAUGACUAAGGUUUCACUACAAUUUAGCAGGACUUCCAAAUGCCACCAAGGAUAUAUGUGUAGGUUGCCUUCAAAAGUAAUGAAAUGUGAUGUUAUUCGAUAGGGCUUCUCAUAAGCAAAUCAAGACAGGAGCCUCUUUUGUCACUGAGAAUACAGUUUAUUAUUUGCACUCUCAUUUGCACAGUCCAUUUGCAUUUAUGCUAUAAUUUUUGUGUCGUCUCCCUCAUGUUUUGUUCUUGAUUUUCCUCACCCGACUAAACCUCUCUACUAGUUUAGUCCAUCUAAUGAUAAGACAGGUUCUGGAGUUGAAUUAUUUCUGGAGGUCUGCCUCCCUUCAAAGGGAGGGUAUUUUCCUGGGAUGAUGAAUCUUUGGAUCACAUUCACCUUCAUAUUUGACAUCUUUUAUAGUUCUACUAAAGCUGUAUGUUCCAGGAAUGGGUUUUUUAAGCAAAAUAAUUCUAUAGUGGUUCAUAAGUGAAAUUGACCCAAUUCUCAGGAUCAUUUCCUGUCUCCUGCCAAAUGUUGCCUAUUUUCUUAAGCAGGUUGGACCCUUGGUGAACAUACCUUCCCCAGUCAGUGCCACAAAAUCAGUUGUGCUUUUCUCUACUGCUGAUUUAGUGUCACAUCCUCUCUGAAAAUGGUUACUCUGGAAAAAGAGAGUGUGAUGUUCUGUUGUGUUGCUUACUUCCAGUCACAAGUAUUCUGUACUUACCUGUUUCAAUGAGAGUUUUAAUCUUUAUAAAUACAGUACUCGGAGGAAAGAUUAGCCAGUGAGUGAUGGAAAAGAAUGUAUUUUUAUGCAACUUUUUGAGUGGCCUUUCGAACUCUGAAAUGAAUGAUUUUUGUUUUCCUGAUUGUUAUAAGUAUUAUAUGUUUGAAAGUUUGGGAAUAAUAUUCACACCUAUGAUGCUUGUAAACACAGCAGUAUUUAUAAAUGAAUAAAAUAAUACUUUAACACUG